AUGGCUUCGGCAGUCGACGAGAUCGCGGCGGCGCCCAAGGGCUCACCAGCUGCAGUAGAACCAGUGACCGAAAAGCCGGAUUACAGUCCUAAUGAAGAGGCCUCAGACUCGGAGAGUCUGCAGGCAGGUGUACGCAGGGCCGAGAUGCUCCGCAAGGGCUGGACGCGCCAAGGGCUGAUUAUAACAUUCACCGGGUACUCUACAGUCAAUCAAAUCAAUAAGCGUCCUGCCUUGCUGAUUCUCGACAGACUGUUCCUGGCUUCUCUGGUGAACAACUUUGGCGACUACUCCACCCAGGUGUACGUGCCGUAUGCGACAUCCUCGUUCAAGCAGCACUCGGCCAUGUCGGCUGCGAAUGUCGUGGCCAAUAUUACGCGGAUUGCGGCGUAUCCCAUCAUUGCGAAGCUGGGAGAUGUCUUUGGGCGAGCGGAGAUGUUCACCCUCUCUAUCCUGUUCCAGGCUAUUGGAUAUGCCAUCUAUGCGGCAUGCAAGAAUGUUUCGCAGUACAUUGCCGGGGGCAUCUUCGAGAAUAUCGGUUCCACCGGCUUUGGCCUCACGCAGCAAGUCUUCGUAGCAGACGUCACAGACCUCGUCAACCGCGCCGUCUGGUCGACCCUCCCAGACUCGCUUACCGUCAUCCCAGCCCUCUACAUCGGCACCGAAAUCUCGACCCGCAUGCUGGCAGACUCGCACUGGCGCUGGGGCUACGGCAUGUGGGCAAUCAUCCAGCCUGUCUGCUCUACUCUGCUGGUCGGCGCAAUGCUCUACUACCAGCGGCGCACGCCAGCACCCAAGAAGACAUCCGAGAUGAUCGGCUGGAACGACGACAGCAACCAGAGCUACUGGAGACGCAUCUACAACGUAGUCUGGAUCCAGCUCGACGGAUUCGGCGCUGUCCUUCUUCUCCUGGGUCUAUCGCUCUUCCUCAUCCCCUUGUCACUCACAGGGUCCGGGAACAGCGAUGACUGGCACAAGGGCUCGUUCAUUGCAAUGCUCGUACUAGGCGUGGUCAUCUUCGCCGUCUUCAUCGCGUGGGAUACCUGGGUUGCCCAAAAGCCAUUCAUCCCGUACCGCAUGAUCAGGAAUCGAACUGUCGCUGCAGCCUGUCUACUCGGCGCUCUGGAUUUCUUCCACUACUCCGUCUUCACGGUCUUCUUCACCAGCUACCUCCAGGUCGCCGCUCAUUACAGCCCUGGCACGGCAACGCGGAUUGACAACUCCCUCCGCGUCGCCUUCCAAGUCUCCGGAAUCUUCGCCGCCUACUUCAUGAAAUACACCCGUCGGUCCCAGAUCUGGGUUCUGACCGGCGUGCCCCUCUGCGUGCUCGGCAUGGGCGUGCUGCUCUACCUAGUCGACAUGGGCAACGGCCGAAUAGGCACCGAAGCAGCAUUCGUAGCCGUGAAAUCGCUCAUCGGCAUCGGCCGCGGGUUCUACCAGACUGCGUCCCAGGUCUCCGUGCAGGCGAGGGUUUCGCGGGGCGAAGUCUCGGUCGUUACGGCGGUUUUCUUUGCUGCUAUGAGUGUUGGGGCCGCGGUUGGGACUAGCGUCGCCGGUGCAAUCUGGCGAAACACGCUCCCCGGGAAACUCUCCCAGCAUCUGCCACCCGAAUACAAAGACCAGGGCGGGGCGAUAUUCUCGAGCAUAGUCGAGGCACAGAAGUACGAGGUUGGGACGCCCGUGCGUGAGGCGAUUGAUGCCGCGUACCGAGGGUCUCAGCGGCUGCUGGGUAUUGCGGCCCUGGCGUCGCUGGUGCCCAUGUUGGUGAUUAUGUUCUUUUUGGAGAAUGUGAGGCUUGAUGAGAGGACGACAGCUGUAGAGAAUGGUGAUGAUGAGGGUGAUGCUGGUAAGAGUGAGGUGCAGGACGGAAAGGUUGAGGGAAGGUCGUGA